AUGCCCAUCACCCAAGAGAGCUCGGAAGCAGUCAGCUUCUACCACUAUUGGAAAAAUGGAGGGUGUAGAGAGGAUGGACAGCUGUUUGUAUUCGAUGGAGAAUUCCGAGAGACCUGCCCGAAGUUGACUGAAGAUUAUGAAGUGUUUGAUUACUUCAAGAAGGACAUGUAUGACCUGUUGAACGGGACGCCAUACAGGCCUCGCAAUGCCUGGUUAAUGGUAGGAGGCCCUGGAGCUGCAUCCAAGUGGCAUGUUGAUCCUAAUGCUACUCACGCUUGGAAUGCAGUAGCGAGAGGAAGCAAACGAUGGUUCAUGCUACCUCCAAGCUGUAUUCCGGUCGGAGUGUACCCUUCUGGUGAUGGCUCUAACAUGACGCAACCUGUGUCCCUACUUCACGAAUGGUGGCCUAGAUUCUUCGAAGAGACCGAAGCUCUGUACGGCGAUAAGCUGCUACAAGGGACCUGCAAAGCUGGAGAGUGCAUGUUUGUUCCGAGGGGGUGGUGGCACUGUGUUAUUAAUAAUGACGACAAUGAUGACAUCACUAUCGCAAUUACUCAAAACUACUGUGCAGAAUCGAGCGUUCACAAAGCGCGACGUUUCUUCCGUGAAACUCCUCAUUGUAUAUCGGGUCUUCUCACCCACGAUUGCGAUGAGUAUGAGAAGUUGCAAAACGAGAUGGCUGAUGAGUUUGAUAAACGGCUGAGGAAAAAGCGUCCGGAUUUACUGGCGCGAGACGAUUCCCCGAAAGCGCCCAAGGAUAUUUUGGAUAGUGAGAGGCAUGAUGGUAAUGGUGAAAAGUUCUCUUUUUGGUCCCACUUGAAGUCCAUGCGGAAGACCAUAUCGUAUGAGAAGAAAUAA